AUGGUCAGAAAGAGCUAUGAGAUCAUAAAUCAAAAGAAAAGAAAACUAGUACUGAGGGAGAGCCAAGCAAUCUUGUUCAAAGAGCCAUAUGAGAUGAUGCUCAGAAAGAGCCAUUUGAGAUCAUGGUUAGAAAGAGGUGGAGAUGAAGGUGGUGGUGGUGAUGGAUUGGUGGUAAAAGUAUGGGAACCUAGCUGA